AUGAACUACAACAUUAUACAUGUAUUUAGAAACGCAACAGUUGUCAACUCAGCCCCUGUUGACAUACGCCAGUUGGCUGAUUUUGCGUCACCUUACUCACCUGCACAGACUGCCGUCAACACAACAUCUCAGCUGUCUCACACUGACAGAUCAUGUGCAGCCACAGUUUUCCUUGCCAUGGUCCUGGCUAUUAUUGUGGUUCUUACAAUUAUUGGAAACGCCCUCGUCAUUGUCUCGAUAGUUGUCAGUACCAAUUUGAGAACUACCACGUACUAUUUCAUCGCCAACUUGGCUCUGGCAGAUUUGCUGUUGGGCACGACUGUCCUGCCAUUCUCUGCCACCCUUGAGGUGCUUCAGUACUGGGUCUUCGGGCAGGUGUUCUGCGAUAUGUGGGCCGCUAUCGAUGUACUUUGCUGCACUGCAUCUAUCCUUAGUCUUUGUGUCAUCAGCAUUGACAGAUACAUCGGCGUGACCAGACCCCUUCAACAUGGGCGUAUCAUGUGCCAAGCUAGAACAACAUACGUCAUUAUCUUCAUCUGGCUUUUGUCCAUGGCCAUCUCCGUUGCACCUCUAGUCGGUUGGAAAGAAGAGCCUGACUCCAACCCUCUAGUCUGUACAGUAACCACGCAACCAGGCUACGUUCUCUUCUCCGUGGCAGGUUCCUUCUACAUCCCUUGUUUGAUCAUCCUGGUCGUGUACUUUCGCAUCUACAGAGAGACUGUGAAGUAUACCAGAUGCUUGUCUUCGGGAGCCAAGUUGUCCAGGGUAGCCGAGGACACAGUCGUGUCACUGAGGAUCCACCUGGGAAAGAAGGCCAUGUCGGAAUCCAGCGAUGAACGAUACCAAGUCAUCAACAAAAUCGGUCUAAUGGCUGACUACACUAGCGGAAAUGCUCAGUGCAGUCCCAAGAAGAGUAAACACAGCGGCAGAACAGCUUUCCUCAACAAGGUUGCGAAGUUUAACCGAGAGAAGAAAGCAGCCAAGACACUUGGUGUUGUUGUUGGAGUCUUCAUAAUCUGCUGGCUUCCGUUUUUCAUUGUUCUUCCCUUAG